UAAAGGCAGCUAGGAGGAUGUGGGGGGGAAAGAGAGAUGGAGGUGCUUGCGGACGGAGCACGAUGUUGAGGCGACUCUCGCUUGCCGAGUCUCGGCUCUGAGGAUUACGGACACUCUCGCAUCUGUGCCUCUGUCACUUCACCAUUCCAUCACUCACUGGAGGAUGCCCAGUUCUGCCUGCACUUCUCUUUCUGACAGGACUACUGCACUUUACUGGCUGUUUAGUGCCCGAGACCGACUCAUAGAAGAGAUCAUAGGCUGCUCAGGUUGCUGAGACUCAUGGAGCCCGAGUCCCGACUUUGGUAGACGUCUCCACUUCUUCAUCCCCUCUUUUACUGGCUUGGCAUUCUUUUUUUGCCAGGCAAAGACAUAAGGAGGUGGCAGUUCUCCAACUCCAUGUAUUUCUGACCCGUUUGAGGCUGCGAUAGUCGGCAUCUGACAAAGAGAUGACCCAAGAACAGUUCACUCAUAGGAACAAUGUCCAGAGCACCGAGAAACCUCACGUGUACAAAGUGGGCAUCUAUGGCUGGCGGAAACGUUGCCUUUACUUCUUCGUCCUCCUCCUCAUGAUCCUUAUCCUGGUCAAUCUCGCCCUCACCAUCUGGAUCCUCAAGGUCAUGAACUUCACCAUAGAUGGCAUGGGUCACUUGAGAAUCACGGAGCGAGGUCUGAAACUAGAAGGUGACUCCGAGUUCCUCCAGCCUCUGUAUGCCAAAGAAAUCCAGUCCAGAUCGGGUAGUCCUCUUUUCCUGCAAUCAUCAAAAAACAUCUCGGUCAACAUCCUCAAUGGGAAAAACCAACUGGUCUCACAGCUAGUUGCUGGUUCUCACGGAGUUCACGCACGGGGCAAGAUGCUUGAGGUGAAGUCAAGCACAGGAAAGCUGCUUUUCUCGGCCGAUGACCACGAGGUGGUGGUGGGAGCUGAGAGAUUACGAGUCCUGGGAGCAGAGGGUGCAGUCUUCAGUAACUCGGUGGAGACGCCACACGUCAGAGCGGAACCCUUCAAAGAGCUGCGUUUGGAAUCUCCGACACGUUCCCUGUACAUGGAAGCUCCUAAAGGUGUGCAGAUUCAAGCCGAAGCCGGGGACAUCCAAGCAACCUGCAGAAGCGACCUGCGCCUGGAGUCGAAAGACGGAGAGAUCACUCUGGAUGCGAAGAAGAUCAAACUCCUGCGUCUGCCCGAGGGAAAAGCGUCUCCUUCAGCCACCAGACAGACUGUGUUCGAGGUGUGCGUCUGUCCCAACGGCAAGCUCUUCUUAUCACAAGCAGGAACAGCGUCCACCUGCCAGAUCAGCAACAACGUCUGCCUCUAGACACUCUCUAAACACGUACGCACAUAAAGCUACACACACACACACACACACACACACAUUUUACUCCCACGACUUUACCACAAACCCGUUCCUCUCGACCACAAGGACGAUCAUCCUGUAAAGAUUUCCCGGAUUCGCGUCAUCCUUUUCAUCCCUUUCAAAAGUUUUGAGGUCAAGCGGAUUCUCUCCAUCACGCCGAGAAACAAGCGUCUCGUGUCUAUUUUUUUUUCUUUUUUUUCUUGGGGUUUUAUUUUUGCUACUCUCCAACUGCAAUAUUGUCCAGUCGGCGAAAACUUUUUGAAACAUGAAAAUGGGACAAUCCUGAACGGUGGCAGCCAUCAUCCCUGUCAUCCCUUUCUCCCUCUUCCUCUCUCUCUCUCUUUCUCACUAUUCCCCAAAAAAUAAACAAAUAAAUGAAUAAAAAUACAAUGAAAACUGUGCUUGCACCGGGACUGACCUGAUGCACGCUCUCUGUUCAAAGAGGAGAACAGUGCCUGUGCCUUAGCUCAAUGCACUCGUGGAAAGAAGAAGCACAUCUCACUGACCUUUACUUUACUAAAUCCUGGAGUUUGAGUUGAUUUCAUUUUUAUUCCCUAAUGAAAGUCGAUAUUUUUACAAUACGAGAAAAAAAAAAAAAAAGAAUGCAAAGGAUCCAAAUGAUGAUGACGCAGACGCCGUCUGCUCUAUGUCUACGUCUUACAGAUCAGAUUAAAAAAAAGCUGAUUUUUUAUUUUUAAUUGGCAAAUUUCCAACUCUGUAAAUUCUCUCGAUUGGCAGAACGUUACGGAAAACUUUUUUAUUAAUUAAUAAACAUAAAUAAUUCUAUUGAAAUGAAGACAAUUUGGCUUUUGCAUUCUUCAUAAGACAUGAGUGUGUGUGUGUGUGUGUGUUUGCUGGGGGUUUAAAAAAAAAACGUAAAAGGUUCUACCACUAGGUUUUCUGUAUUUUAUUCUAUUCCUUGAUCUUUUAUGAUAAACAUCAAUAAACAAACCAGGAAGGUGAACCAAAAACAAAAAAAAAACAAAAAAAAGAGGGGCCUGAAUGACUUUCAGUGUCCUGCAGCUGAAUUUUGCUGCCUGUCGCAGCUGUAACGCAUACGAUGUGCAGCUUUCUGUUCUGAGGAUCCACUAAAACGUUCCUGUUCCUCCAUCUGGUCAUGUGUGUGAACUCAUUUGUGCCGAAUUAGUCGAGGAAAUAUAACAACUUCCUGCCUUUCUUUAAUUCUUUAUUAUUAUUAUUAUUAUUUUUUGCAGUAUUUACUUUCAGGCCUUGAUUUACUAAAAAUAGUCGGGUUAUAAAGUGCGAGUGGAAACAGUGGUGCUGCUGCACGUCAUUUGGAAUGUAUGAAUGUAUGCAAAUUAGGGGGCGGGGCCAAGUGUAAACGUUGCAGCGUUGCACUGAAAUCUGUAACUCAGACUGCAGACUUCCGACUUCCGACUAGGAAAAAAUGAACUGGUGAGAACCUCCAGAAAGUUUUUCCUCAACCCCCGAGUUCAGGAAGUGACAAAAUGAUUCCGCUCACGGUAAACAUCAGAUCCGUCGACGUUCCGAUCUAAAGGCUUGUUAUACAGCAUAUAUAACACUGUUAUAAAGCAUCUAUAACACCGCCGCUAUGCUUUACUAUUCACUGAUAGCUUGCUGCCAAAAGAUGAACAUGGAGGCAUCCAGGAUGUUUUUUUACAGGUCAAAAUAAAAAAAAUGUUUAAUGCUGAUUAUAAACCAAAACAAAAAAAACAAGACGACGUAUUGGAGUGGGAAAAAAAAUCCAUGUUGCUAGACGUACAUACAGAAGAACAUUAUCUGAAUGAAAAUUCUUUUCAAAAGCCAUCGAAAAACUCUGUUAAGCUUUUAAGGAAUAAUCGACGCUAUAAACCCAUGUUAGCUCGGAGGUAAUUUUCAGGGAAAAAUUUAGAUUACUUAUUAAGCUAUAAUUUUGAUAAAAUCAAAAAUGUGUGUAAUCACUGUUCCAUGCGUGGCUUAAUAAAUGACUUUUCAAAACUUGCACGUUUUUAGUAAAUCAGGGCCUCACCGAUGCUUUGGUUUAAUUCCUCAUUUCCUGUUCCUUUUGAAAUCAUUUGUAAUGUAAGGUAAGGUAAGAUUCGGGACUCGGGGAGUAAAUUGCUGGUCACUGGAGCUGGGAAAGUGUGUCGUCCGUCUGCACAAAAGAAUCCAAACAACCCUGAGAGAAAAACACAAUGACUGAAUUGUGUAGAAAUUACGUAGAAUUUUUUUUUUUUUUUUUUUUUUUUACGGUACAAAUCAUUCCUGAUGUCUAGUAAAACACUUGGCAAAAGGAAUAAGAAACAGUUAGUAGAGGUUGCUAAGCUACUAACUAGUUAACUAUUAUUCAGUCAUUAUUUGCAGAAAGAUUUUCGUCUUGUUUGGCGAGAUUACCGAUGAAGAAUAUGGAUUUUUUUUUUUCCCCCUCAUUUCCACACAAAAAAUAAAA